AUGCCACUCACACUGCACCACUUGGGCCACUCCCAAUCCGAGCGUGUUAUCUGGCUCGCCGAGGAACUCAACCUAGACUAUAAAUUUGUCCACCACAGGCGCGACCCCAUCUUCGCACCCCAAUCAAUCAAAGACCUCCACCCAGCCGGAACAGCCCCAGUCAUGGAAGACGAUCCCUCCCCCGUCACACAAUCCCGCGUUGUCCUCGCCGAAUCAGGCGCCAUCAUUGACUAUAUCAUCGCCGUCCAUGGAAAGGGACAACUCGCGCCUACCCCGAAAGAUGGAUCGGUGUACCCGAGUUACCUGGAAUGGUACCAUUUCGCCAAUGGUAGCCUUCAACCAGCCCUCUUCCGGGUCCUUAUGACCCGCAGCCUAGCAUCGGAUCCUAACUCUCCCGGUGUCACGCACACGCUGCAAAAGUGGGAUCGUUUACUGUCCAUGAUGGAGGAUCGACUCGCCGAGACGGGCGCGUAUCUCGCUGGAGAGGCGCUCACAGCUGCGGAUAUUAUGACAAUUUUCACUUUGACUACUAUGCGUGGCUUUUGUCCCGUUGAGUAUGAUGCGGAAAAGCAUAGGCACAUUUUGGCUUACCUGAAGAGGGUUGGUGAGAGGCCAGCAUAUCGGAGGGCGAUGGAGAUCUGUGAGGGCAAGGACUUCGUGCCUUUGUUGGAUGCGAAGGUGGAACAGUUCUCGCUGAUGAAGAGGUGA